AUGCCGCCACUGCGCCUGGGAAGGGCUUCAAAAGCCUGUGACCUAUGUCGAAAGAACAAAACGCGCUGUUAUGCCAAAGAUGGGGUAGGCAAUACCUGUCUCCGCUGUCAUACCCUAUCUCUUUCGUGUUCUCUAGAACAUUUGUUAGACCAAGAAUCGUCUAGAUCACCAUCCGGGCAACAGCGGAGAUAUGAUGACAGCCCUAGACAUUCUGGUGCCAGCCAACAUUUGUCUACAGAUUUGAGACUGGAAAGACUUGAGCGAGCAGUUGGAGCUUUAGUGGAUCGUUUGGAUACACAGUCUAAAGAUCGACGGAAUUCCUCGACGGACAUAGCUCAGGCUAGAACCGAACAACAGAGGGCACCAGCUGAGCCAAAUCCAGCGCCCGUCAUUUUAAUCCGCGAGGCUGCUACUGAUGCUGGGGUUUCUUCUCCACAGCAAUUUGAUUUGCUUUCCAGCAGUUUAUCUGAUGUGAUAUCAGUUGGAUUGUAUGUCUCAACUGAGAAGCUUCUGUCUGAAGUCAGAAAGUCACCGCUGCUACUUUGCAGUGUCUUAUUAAUCGCAGUGCGACAUACAACGCAAGAACUCGCAGAUGAGUUAGCCCCACGCUUGUUUCGUGAAGCAAAGAGUUUGGUUUCAAGGGCUUUGCUAGUGGUUCCACAGUCAAUAGAGCAUUUUCAAGCUAUCUUGAUAUUGAGCCUAUGGUCUACGACAAUUGGUCAACAGCCCCUGAGCAUCGACAGUUGGCUGUUGACUGGGUAUGCGCUUCAGCAGGGAUUCGCCAGUUCAUGUUUCCCUGACCUACUAUCCAAAGUUGGUCCGGGACAGGAAAUUGAAGAAAGUCACAUUGAUGCUUGGUGCCUCUGGAAUCAUCUCUGUGUUGCUCAUUUACAAUAUUGCGUCGGCACUCGCAGACAAACGAUGUUGACCCAGGAACAUAUUGAUCGGUGUCAUCAUCUUCUAGAAAAUUCAAACCUCAAAAAUUACGAAGCGAGAAUGGUGGCCGAAGUAAAGUUGUACUGGGUGAUAUACAGAAAGUGUUGCCCACAAGGCUAUCAAGUCAAUUUACAAGACGCCAAGCUUGCUUUGCAAAAUUGGAAAGAGGAAUGGGCAAACUUAUUCGACGAGCCUCGUUCUCAAUUUCUUCAGAUGGGUUUCCACUUCGCCCACCUUCUCGCAUACUACCAAUCAGCCCGAUCACCGCAAUCCUUAAUGGACGGAUCUAUAAUUCUGGAUAUGAUUGAUCUCUCUAGUACCAUCAUUAACCUGGCAAUUGAUACAACAGAUGAUCGUACCCGACACCUAACAGAUCAUAUAUACCAUCUUAUAACAUUCUCUGCUCUCACUCUUUGUCGACUCGUUCAUAUGUAUGAGGAUCAGCUACGUGUCGCCAAUGUUGAUGUUGAUGAUCUCGAUCGUCUUGUGACCAAGUUGAUUACUUGGCUCCGUUCCAUCGGUUUACCAUGUCAUGCCGCUCAUUUGCUAAGCGAUAUUGUUUCAUCGCAAUUCCAUAAAUUGCGCCCGGGAGCUCAAUAUGCACCCGCUAAUGCUACAGCAAGCUCUUUGGCGCAUUAUAAUACGCUAUCAGCUUUGGAUGACUCAUCCAUGUCAUCUCACGUGGGGUUCUUUUACCCUGAUCUCAUAGGAUCCGAGUUGUUUGAUAUAGACGACGGAACAACAUCAUGGCCGCAGUGGGGCUGA